AUGACUUCGUUGCUGGACAGCUCAGCGCACUUUGAGGAGAGAUGUCAAAAGCUUGGCAUGGGAGCGCCGUUUGUCGCAGCCUUGUCAGUUGCACAUGUUGACAGUUUGUCGAAGUUGGCAUUUGUGAUUGGCCAGCCUGGUCAACCAAUUCAAAAUCAAGAUGUUACGGACUUCUUGCAGAGAGCCUUGGGACGUGUGCCAACCUUAGCUGAAACAACGGCACUGAAGAGGCUUGGGUUUGAGGCUCAUACUUUUUUGGUUGCAACCUUGAGACAACAGAUCGACCAAAGCGAUGACACUCAGCCGCGAAUUGAAAUUUCUGGUGAGCUUGAGCCUUCACAUGGCUUGCUUGAUAAGUGCUGUGCGAUUUACGACAGCAACAGUAUCAAAUGGCUUGAACCCUCUGUUUGCAUUUCACGAAGUAUGGAAGUUCAGGGCACUCCCAAAUCCAGGGAAUUGACAUUGGAAAAGGGAUCGCUUAUCCUGAAGAGCGAUGACAAGAUGACUUGCGCGACAGACUCAGAGAUAAAGCUGCACUAUGCUUUCACUAGGCGUGCAGUAAGCCUUGCAUUUGCCAGGGUGAUGUCAUUUCAACAACACAGCGCUUGGGUGAAUUUUCUGUUUGAGUCUUUGCACCGUGAAGUCCCUCCAGGGUACAGCAAGGCAAACUUGUCGCAGGUGGUAAGCUGUGAUAAGGCUGCUUGGGCAAGGCUUGCAACUUUGAACAUCAGCACACGUGAAGCUGCAGAUGGUUCUUUUCCACUUGGUGAUGCACUGUUGGGUUUGAAAGGAGACCCAUCAAUUGCCUUGUACUUGGCACCCUUGGCCAAGCCAGUUCAGAGUUCCAGUGCGGCCCCAAGCAGACCUGCACCAUACCAUGCUACAGGUCCAAAGCAGAAUACAGGCAAAGGAAAGGGAAAAGCAACUCUUAAUCAGCCUGAUCUUGGCGAGACCGCACGGGGCACCCACACGUGUGGGAACAGUGCACUUCAGAUCGACCGUCGCAUCCGUAGCUGCAUUUUGAUUCAUUUAGGUCAAGUGGACUGGAGACAAUUGAGAAACUCAAACGCUCGACUUCUUUUGCUCUUUGAGUAUUCAUCAGCAUCAGCAGUUCAAUCUCCUCAAGUGCAGCGCGUGCGAGCCCCAGGAUCUCCAGCAGGGUUGAAACUUGCAUGGAGCCCAUUGAUUGAUAGUUUCCUGCGCAGCAGAAUCCCAAAGGAGCUCAAAGAGGCAUUGCCAUUUUCGCUGUAUACAGUUUGGCAACUGGAGAGACGUCUGCUCAUGUCAGCUUGCAGCACAGUGGAAACAGUGAUCAUUGGAGCCAUUCUCGUUUGCAUGUGGUCGGGCAUGCGUUUCGCUGAUGCCCAACGGUGCAGUUAUCACUCAUUUUGUUUUGAUGGGAAAUCCUUGCGAGGCAGCUGCUGGCGGACAAAGACAUCCAGCCGCGGACAACCGUGGGGCCUAUUGGCAUCAGGCUUCAUGUCGUUAGGAACUUUCAACUGGGUUGAGAAAUGGUUGACCACUAUGGACGACCUUUGGCACCAGGCCAAAUCUACCAAUUUAGACAUGCCGACCCCAGAUUUCUUGUUUCCAAAGUUGGGGACUUCGGGAAUUGAAAUUCCUUGGACUCCAAUGACCUAUGCGGAUGCUCUUGCAUGGUUGCGAUAUGCCACAGCCCUUCCAUGGAAGUCCAGCACUCAGCAGUCCACUCAAUGGACAGCACACUCCAUGAAAAGCACUUUGCUUGCAUGGGGAGCCCAACUGAUCGCAGAAGGGAAGGUGACGCCCGAAGAACGCAUGCUUCAGGGACAUCAUAGGAAGAAGCCCAGAACGACAGCCAACGUCGAAGAUGCCGAUGAAAUUCUAAUUGCUUUUGUGACCAACGUGCAACACGCCAUGUUGCCCACUUCGGAAGACUGGAAGCCCUACCAUGAGGGCAAGCAUUACCAAGCAGCUUGUGGCGCAAGACUGGAUUCUGACCGGGUCCAAUUCUCUCGAGUUGACCCAACCCUGGCAUCGAAUCUGGUUUCAGAUGGAUGGACAGUUACUUCAUUUCGAGAGAUUGCAGCUUCGCCCUCAGAUUUUACGGAUCAAGUAUUUGCAGAACUCUGCCAUGACGUUAGUUUGUCCCUGCUUCAGAAGUCCUGCAUCAAGGGAGCAUGGCGCAGUCUCCAGACAUCCCAAAUUCAAGAAGCCAACACACCAUCAGGCACAUCAUCCGCUGCAGGGAUGCAAGCCGCGACAGACAAUACAUGGUCGGAAUCUUUCCCACCAAAGUUGACCAGUUCGACCGUAUCCCAAUUGAAAAUGAAAUUCUGUGCCAAUUUUCCGUCGGAGGUUGUCACUCCCGAGACACAGCCAAGUGCACGAUUACUUGCACUCGCAUUUCAGUUGCACCAGAAGAAAGAGUACAAAUGGCUGCCCUGGAAGUACCGAAUGUCAAUAGCUCGAUCCGAAGAAAUGUCUUUGAGUCGCGCUUCGAAGGCACCGAGAUUGGAGAACGUACAACUGCAUCAAUUGCUCAUAGACGAGAUCCCUUCUCUGGAGAUUACCAACCAAAACCUGGGAUUAAAUGCAGUAAAUCGCAUGUUUGACUUGCACAACUAUGCAUGGGCCAUGGUUCAGGCGUGCCACCUACAUCGGCUACGCUCCUACAGCCUGAAGUUUAUGUCCUUUUUGUCAGUGCGACUGGACGCAGAGAGUGGGUUGAGAGCACCUUCCAUUCUCGAAGCCCAACAUGCAGAUAAGCACAUUUGGCACCUGAUUGCGGAGCUGUGCGAGUCACCGGAAUGGACCUUAGAUGAUGCCUUGCUUGAGUUCACCCAAAAUCGGGGGGAUCUGGAGGACCAGUCUUUGGGCCUUUCACCAGCGCCGUUUGCGCCAGACAUGCCGGCCAUUUUGGCCACCUCGCAGCCAGCACAUCAACAGGAUGCCAUGGUCGAAGAGAUCCCGGACACGGACAAUGGCACAGCCAUACCUGAAGGCGGGAAACUAUUGUCAGUUCGUCACCAGCCGGUGGCCACCCUGGACGAUGUCCGUGAAGCUGCAGCAGAUGCCUGUGCCGAUAAGGAUCAUUGUCAGAUCGGAGGAUUCCUCAGAUUUGCCAAUGGUGACUUACGCUGGUUCAGCGAAAAAUGGAUAGCAUCCGACUUCCACAACUUGGAAAUUCCCGUGUCAUCCGACAUGCAGAAAGAUAUCAGAGACUUUGUGAGCGAUUGGAAGGGCCUUCACAUAGAGCAGUUAUUCAUGCUUGAAGUGUUUGCUGGUGGAGCAGUCCUUACCUCAGUAGCAAAGCAAUUUGGUCUUGGCGGCAUGGCAAUUGACAAGAUCAGAAAACAAAAUGCACGGUGCACAAUCUAUCAGUUAGAUUUGUUGCAAGCUGAUGACAGAGAGCUCCUCGAAGAGUGGCUAUCUUCUCCACUUUUGUUGUGGGCGCAUUUUGCGCCGGUGUGUGGCACUGCAAGUCGAGCCAGGGAAAUUCCCAGGCCUGGACUAUCAAUGGCACCUCGACCACUGAGAUCUAUGGAACAUCCUCUGGGCUUACCCGAUCUUGGGCCAAACGAGCGAAAGAGGGUUGAGAUUGCCAAUGAGCUGUUUCGAUACACGUGCCAACUUUUUGCUUUUUGCGUAAAACGAGGUGUGCUUGCGACCAUGGAAAACCCUCGUGGCUCAUACCUUUGGGUCAUUCCUUUCUUGCUGGAGUUACAACGGAUUUACUCGUUGUAUGCAACAGAUUUUCAAGCUUGCAUGUAUGGCUCUGAAAGAGACAAGUGGACAAGGAUUGUGGCAUCCUUCCCGGAGAUAACCCAGUUGGAUGUUGCAUGCGACCGCAAGCACAAGCACCUUGGAUGGGGAUUCACUACAGAUGCACAGGGCAGAAAGGUUUGGGCCACCUCAGAAGAAUCGCAGUAUCCACGAAAGCUCUGCAUAGCUUUGGUGCAAGUUAUUUUACAAGUGGCAUCAGCCAAAGGAGUUCCGCUGAGGCCAAACUGCAUUCAUGACAUUGUCGACCACCCACUCUUGUCGACCAAGCACUCCCAACUUGCUGCAGGGGUUCAACCUCGAGGACAAAGAAUUCCUCCUCUUGUACCUGAUUUUCAACAAACUGCUGUUUUCCUUGCGAAGGAGCCAUCAGAUAUCCCUUGUGGCUUGUCGGGCAAACUACAACAACCUUUGCAGUUGCGAACGGAAGCUCAACAAGAUGUCCAAGUUCCAAAAUAUUCACGUUUUUUGCGUGGUUCUUUUGCUGCAGACUCUACAAUGGGGGUUGGUCAGGAGCCUUUGCAAAACAACAAUGGUGCGGCAGAUGACAACUGGUGUUACAAGGCUGUUUUUGGCCUUCCUUGGGAGUGUGAGCAGUUUAUCCGCAGAGCUGUUGAGGUCCGACAUCCCUCAAAAAUUGGUUUUGCAGUCCCCAAGGACUUACAGGUUGCACUGGACAAGCAUUUGGAGUGGGAUGAACAAACCUUGGUGCAAUACAGAAUGCAUUGGUGCCGCAAGUGGCUUAAGCGUGCAAAAGAAUUGGAGAGCGCUGAACUUGAAGCUGCUAGCGCUAGGCCUGACCAUGUCAAGCAGGCGACGGCUGGCAAAAGGCUUUUACUGACCUCUGAAAUCCUUGAGUCAAUGGACUAUGAGGACAUGGAGGUGCUGGAGUUGUUACGAGUUGGAUCGCCGCUUGCAGGUGACAUCCCGAAGUGCAAGGUCUUUGAGGAUUUGUUUAAGCCAUGCAUGUUAACUAUGAAUCAACUGCUGAAAGAGGCGGGUGAACUGGGAAAACAAGACGCGCUUAUUUUGCGCGGCAAACUGGGCUUUGCAGAUUCCUUCUUACAUGGAAGGUUGGGCUUGAUGGUUUUGAAACAGCUUUCUGAACAUGCACAUGGGCGCAGUGCAAAGCUUAGAGAAGAACUUGUAAUCGGACUACAUGCAAUGGUUCAACGCUUGACUUUGUGUGGCCCUCGCGUCGUCUCUGCAAAGGCGAUGCAACAAUGGUUUGUGUUUACAGAUGCGGCCUAUGAACCCGAAUUGCAUACUGGAGGUUUGGGUGCAGCAGUCGUCGAUGACAAUGGCAAAUGCGUUGGCUGGUUUGGCCUUCCGCUUGAUGAGUCACAGUGCGAAAAGUUUGGAUCACUGGAUCGGCAAACUAUAAUUUAUGAACUGGAGCUUGCAGCAGCCGUUCUGGCACUUGACUUCUGGGCGGACAAAAUGAAAGAUGGAUUGCAAGUGUGUUAUGGUGACAAUGAUGGAGUGCGAUUCUCUUUGAUACGUGGUUCAUGCUUGAGCAAACAUGCUUCAGCUCUUAUGAGAUACCAUUUGAGCCGAGAAGCUACCAACAACUUGUGCACUUGGUUUGCGAGGGUGCCUACUGAGGCAAACUUGGGUGACUACCCAUCCAGAAAUGUUCCACAUGCUUUGCUGACGGAAGAUAUCAAUGAAUCUACAGCUGCCUCGUUUUGGUUUGAGCGCUUGGUUCAAUCUUUGCAGGCGGCCUAA